AUGACCACUAAUAGGUGCGAUUACACGUGGCCGUUUUUCGCUCAAUCUCAGCAGAUAUUCGACUGGGAUCAAUACAAGUAUAAAAGUCAUCCUUCUAAAACAAAAACGGCAAACGAGCAACAUGCAGCGGAAAAAAUCGAAUUCCGCAACUCGGAGACUUUGAAGACAAUACCGAAUUCGGAAAAGUUACCAUUCGAUUUCAACUCUCGUCCGAAACUCAUUGUUGGCGACCAGCAACCAAUCAACCAUUACCCUACGGAGACGUUGAUAAAGUACGAAAAGGACAAAGUAGAGUCGAGAUACAAGGUUCAAAAGUCAAGACCCAGGGUUUUUAAGUGCCCUCAAAUCAGUUUCGAUGAUAUUUCAGAUGACCGAAGGGAUAUAAUAUGUAAAUUUGUCUACAACACUACAAAGUCAAUGAACGAGCUUACUUCUGGAGUUCCGGAGUGCCGGAGUGUGUCUGUAGACUUCCCUUUAAAACCAUAUGGAGAUCCGGGUAAAUUCAGGUCACGGCCAGUUUAUCCGGAUUUAGCGCCUUUUAGAAAUUAUCGACAAAUUAGUGUUGCCUGGGACGGACAACAGAGACGAAUUUUCGGCGGAAGAUCUAUUGAUUAG